AGGGUCUGGACAAGGAGUGGUCUACCCUCCCAGCGCUGGUCACACACCACACCGUCAUGCGAGAGAUGCUGCCCUGCACCCUCAGACUUCCCAAGGUCAAGGGCACUGCCAAGAACGCAGCGGCUCAAAGCCAUGGAGGAGAGGAAGCGGGUGGUGAGCUAGGGGAGGACAACUACCAUCAGCUGGCCGAGGUCUCGGGUCUGGUCGGGAAGUUAAAGAUGUGAUGGGACGCGAUGCAGAGUCUCGGAAUUAUAUGUCCGUUUGGUGAUGCGAUGUGGAGUCUCGAAAUGAUAUCAUGUCUGUUUGGUGACGCAAUGCAGUGCAGUAUCUCAAAAUAAUAUGUCCGUCUGGUGAUGCGAUACGAUGCAGAGUCUCGAAAUAUGUCCGUCUGCCCGUCUGCCUGUUUGAAGGUGGGAUACGAAACACAAUCUCCAAAUAUGUCCGUCUACAUGUCUGCCUGUUCAAAAGUGUGAUAUACGACACAGUCUCCUAUAAUGUCCGUCUGCCUGUCUGUUUGUUGGAAGCUGUGUUGUGUGGUCAGAUACAGAGUCUGGAAAUUUGUCUGCCUGCUUCAAGAUGUGAUGCUGCGACACAGUCUCCAGUCGUGAAGUUAUUAUGUGCAUCUGCCUGUCUGUGUGCCGUGCUUGGAGAUGUGAUGUGUGAUGCGACUCGGAGCCUGCUUCUAGAUUUUAUGCUGCGACCCAGUCUGACAUCGGAUUUUAAUUGUGGGCCGUAGAUUGACCUCGGCUAAAUUUUAAGAGAAUUUUUUU